CAAGUCCGAAAGGGUUAAUUUAAAUGUACUGAUGAUGCUUCGUGCCUUCUCCCCACCCUUCCCUGCUUCCAGGUAGUGACGGCAAUGGCGAAGAACGUAUUUUCUGUCCCCAUUUUCUUCAUCGUUUUUCGUGAAACUUUGGAGGCGGCCAUCAUCGUAUCCGUUCUCCUAGGUCUCGCUGAACAGAUAGUUCAUGACGAUCCAGGACGAAUUGGUGCAACGAUCACGAAUGGUUCACACGACUCUAAGGGUAGCCCUCGUGUAGAGGGCGACGGCGCGCUGUCUGAUUCUCUCUCAGGCGAGGAUGAUUUGGUCCACCGUCGCCGCCUCAUCCGCAAGCUGAGAAUUCAGAUUUUCCUUGGUGCAGGACUUGGCUUAUUCCUCGCCCUCGCUAUCGGCGCUGCGUUUAUCGCCGUCUGGUUCACUCAAGCAUCCGAUUUAUGGUCCAAAUCUGAAGAACUAUGGGAAGGUAUUUUCGAACUUAUUGCUUGUCUCAUGAUUUUCGUCAUGGGAGUUACCAUGCUCAAGAUGGAUCGAGCUAAGGCAAAAUGGCGCGUCAAGCUUGAGCGCGCUUUUGAAGGAAAGCGAGCCGACGGAAAGACCUCGACAGGAAAAUGGGCUCUCUUCAUCCUUCCUCUCAUUACUGUCCUUCGUGAAGGUAUGGAGGCAGUGGUAUUUGUCGGUGGCGUUUCUCUGGGACAACCCGCCACAUCCAUCCCGCUCGCUGCAAUCGUGGGAUUGAUAUGCGGUCUAGUCUGCGGUUUCUUGAUCUACUUCUUCGCCAGUCGUACCACCCUCACAGUUUUCCUCAUCGCCAUGACCAAUCUCCUCCUUCUCAUCGGAGCUGGUCUUUUCUCUCGCGCAGUUGGCGCCUUCGAAACAAACGCCUUUAACCAUCUUCUCGGAGCGGAUAUUGACGACGCAGGUGGAAGUGGCCCAGGAUCUUAUCGAGUUCAAGGAAAUGUAUGGCACUUGGAUUGCUGCAAUCCCGAAGACAACUUGAACAACAAUGGUUGGUCGGUGUUUAACGCCUUGUUUGGCUGGACCAAUAGCGCAACUAUUGGUACCGUGUUGUCUUACGUUUUCUAUUGGUUGGCCGUUAUUGUUACGCUCGUGUUCCUUAAAGUUAAAGAGGGUCGCAGCAAAUUCUUUGGAUACGAGUCGGCCACAGGUAUUCGUCGCCGACUUAGGCGAGAACAGAAAGAGGCUGCAGGAGCAACACAUGACAGGGAUAUGUCUGAAAGCAAGGAAGAAGUCAAGGCUGAGAAAGACGUCCAGGUUCUUCCUAAAUAAAUUAGCUCUCUCACGUUGAAAUAGUCUAUGCAGUGUCUCUUUUUUAGUUAAGGUUUCUAGUUAGUAACGAUUGUUCAUUGAAGAGAUGAAAAUGUGAUGACCCGAGUUUUCGUAAACGCGGACUUGAGUUCUUUAUGUGCGUAUAGCAACAACCAUGCGAACCGACCCUCGAAGUAACGAACCUUCUGAACCCCUGAGCAUUUCCAUUGUGGACCAUGAUUUUUGCUUGACUGGUCCAACAUUUAUUUAUAGUUUCUGCCAAGAAGCCAAGGAUAGCCAAGGAUAUGCCCUUAGGCACAAUUGAGGCAGGCACCUUUGGGUCUGUUUCGGC